AUGGCUGCAAAUGGCAGCCUCUUUGGAUUGGAGGACAAAAGAAUGACACUGACCAGAUCCGGAAACCCCAAAACAGAGGAAGAGGAAGAGAAGGAAGAAUUUGUGGAUCCCCCAACAACAGUGCAAGAACAAUGCAAACAGAUUAAGAAGAGUGUAAAGGACUGGGAGCGGUUAGAGGUGUGUGAUGAGUGUGUGUCCUCCCGAUCACAAACACAAAAGGAUUGUGCAGAAGAGCUCUUUGACUUCCUGCAUGCAAGGUACCACAGAAUGGCCCAUAAGCUCCUCAACAGCUUGCAGUAA